CCCGGACUCCAUGGUCGCUCCGCCCUGCCCGCCGAGGGCUAGCUCAUGUGCCCACGUUAACCCCUUCCGUCCCGGGCCGGCACGAGGAAGGAGCACUUGCAGGGACCCAGAGCAAAGCUGAUGAGCUGCCUCCUGAGAGAGAGCCUGUAAAUCUGGUGCUGCUGAGAAUGCUCCCAAGAAGAUCUGGGGAAAAGGACUUCCUGGCACCUGAGCCAAGCCAACUGCAGAAGGGGCAAGGCAGCCCCCCGCGGCAGAGAGACAAUGUGAUAGCUAGAAAGCUUGAGGAAGCCUUUGAGGAUGUGGCUGUGUACUUCACGCGGAAGGAGUGGGAGCUGCUGGGAGAUGAAGACAAGGUGCUUUACCAGGAUCAGAUGCUGAGGAAUUACCACACCCUUGUUUCCCUGGGAUAUCGAGGUCCCACACCAGAAUUAAUCUGCCGCAUCCAGCAAAAGGAGGUGGAGAUUUGGGUCUGGAAUGAUGAGGACCCUGGAGAAAGCUCCUGGUCUGAGGAUCUGUCCCCAGGAGGCACUGACGUGGAGCAGUGGCAAGGCGAGAGCGGAGCUGGCUGCAGAGGGUGGCAGUGCCACAAGGUCCUGGCAACCAGACUGAGACAGCGGUGGCAUGAAGCAGGACAUGGAGCAGCAGCAGCCCAUCUUCUGCCAGCCCAAGCAGGUGCCAGGGCACUGAGCAGAGAAGAGGUGCAGCCUCCAGAGGAUGGGCCUCCAAACCUGGAGCUGCUGAGGACGUCUUGGGGAGAUCCUCUGCCCUGGUCUCUCUGGGCACAAGAGCUGGGCCAGCGGCAAAGGAGUUGGGACAGGCCCCAAAAGCAGAGAGAGAAUAUGGCUAUGACCAAGGGACCGUUUCCAGUUGCGUGUGAGAGUGGAGCCAAGUCAAAGUCCUUAAGGAGCUUGGAGUUCAGGAAAGGAUUGGAGGAGCUAAGUGAUCUGAAGAGCCAUAUAAGUAAGCUUCAUCUGCAAGAGAGGCUGCAUCCUAACCAAGGUGGUGGGGAGGUUCUUGGGGGUAUGCAGGAGCUCACCACCAACUGUAAGGAGAGAGCCCAUCCCUGCUCUGAGCAUGGGAAACUUGCUGACUGGCAGUCAUGCCUGGCUAUACACAAGCCAGUGCAUCCAUGCACCAAGUGUGGGAAGAGCUUCACUGACCCCAGCAACCUGGCCACCCACCACAAGAUCCACUCGGGGGAGAAGCCGCAUAGCUGCGUGGAGUGCAGGAAGAGCUUCGCUCGCCUGUCAGAUCUGGUGAAACACCAGCGCACACACACGGGGGAGAAGCCAUACUGCUGCACCAACUGUGGGAAGAGCUUUAGCCAGUCCUCCCACCUGACUCAACAUUGGCAUGUCCACUCUGGGGAGAAGCCUCACAGCUGCACUGUGUGUGGAAAGAGCUUCAGCCAGGCCUCCAACCUGGCUCGGCACCACCUCCAGCACACGGGGGAGCGGCUGCACCACUGCCUUGAGUGCGGGAAGAGCUUUAAACACUCCUCCACCCUGGUCCAGCACCAGCGCAUCCACUCUGGGGAGAGGCCAUAUCAUUGCACCAAGUGUGGGAAGAGAUUCAGCUCAUCCUCCACCCUGGCUCAGCAUCAGCGCAUUCACUCUGGGGAGAAGCCAUACUGCUGCAUUGAGUGUGGGAAGAGCUUCAGCCAGGCCUCUGCCCUGGCCCAGCACCAGCGCACCCACUCUGGGGACAAGCCAUAUCAUUGCACCGAGUGUGGGAAGAGCUUCAGCUCCUCCUCCAACCUGGACAAGCACCAGCGCAUCCACUCUGGAGAGAAGCCAUACCACUGCACCAUGUGCGGGAAGAGUUUCAGCCGGGCCUCCCACCUGGCCCGGCACUGGCACAUCCACUCUGGGGAGAAGCCAUACCAUUGCACUGAGUGUGGGAAGAGCUUCAACCAGUCCUCCAACCUGACCCUGCACCAACGCGUCCACUCAGGGGAGCGGCCUUUCCACUGCACUGACUACAGGAAGGGCUUUGGGCACCAGGAGCAUCUGGCCCGGCACCAGCAUAUCCACAUGCAGAAGCCUUAAUUCCACCUGCAGUGUGGAAGGGCAGGUGACACUCAGCUCCCACUAGGAGAUGCUUUUAGACAAGCAGCCUCACCCCCGAACUGAAUGCAGGAAAGAAUUCAUUCUGUCUUCAUCCCUCACAAGACACCACACACAGGCCCUCUAGGCCCAGCAGCUGGUUCCUGAUGUUUGAUUGAAGGCUGAGAGGAAACCCCCCCUGUAAGUCGAUACAGUGGAGGGGCCUGGGUUGGAGCUGCUCCUUGUCAUUCGAAAUAAAGGGUAGUGAGGUCAGCUGCCUGCUGUUUUCCCCCACCCCUUUCCCCUGCCCUCUUCUAUAAUGGUUUCUCUGCUAAUAAUGUCCAGAAACUGAACAUAUUAUCUCUCUACUUGGUCUCUGCCUCUUCUCUAGAGCUGGAACACAGGAAGAGGUCAGGUGCCAGAGCCCCUUCCAGGCCCAAAGGCUUCUGGGAUUUCCAGGCCCCCUUCCACUUCCAGUGGGAUCAGCAAGAUCCAAGGGUUGUUCCCAACUCAGAUUGAGAGCAGGUGUCAGUUAUGCCUGGGUUACUGCUUUUCAGCAAAGACCCUCUGAGCUGAGGGCAUUGGAGUCCCUUUUCUGGGUGAAAUGGGGGUGAAGGAGGUGUAGUCUGUGGCAGGCCCUGCCUCUCCCGUGGAAGAGGAUGGAAAUGGUGCAAGCAAGCUUGGUUCUGGGAUGAUGUAGAAGGAGCUAUGCCUUUCCUGUACUAUGGGUAUUUCUCAGGCUCCUGGGCUUUGCUGUUUACCACAUGGGACUGGGAGGGAAUACUUUCCCCCUCCUGUUGCUACAAGUCGGGGUUUUCUUCUUCCUUGGAAGCAUGGGGUAUUAGCUGCAGCCAAAGAUGGGGAUUUUGACUGUGCUAUGCCACUGCUUCUGCUGGGACUAAAACCUGGAGGUUCCUGGCUUAGAGGGUCUUGUCGCUGUGCUCAGGAUCAGAGCAAUUAUCAUAUGUGGGGUCAGGAAGGAAUUUUGCCAUGUGAAGCGGUGCAGACUAGGGGUUUCAUCUUCUGUAGUGGUGGAUGUGGCCCUCUUACUUGGAUCUCCUUCAUUACAUUUUAACGCCCCUCACAGCAGCAGCACACCGGCCACCCUUGUUCCCCUGCUUUCUUUCGCAUGUUAGGGUGUUAUGCUUUUUGGUCAUGACAGAUUUAACCAUGUAUUUUAAUUAGUAGCUUAGAUGAGUAUUUAUAUGCAAUGGUUUGAAUAGGGAUGGUUCUGCCUCAGGCAGAAGUUUGGACUAGAGGUCCCUUUCAACCCCACAUCUCUUAUGUUUCUGUGAUCCUCUGGCUGAAAUUCAGCACAUUGUAAUCUCCCCGUGUGAACUGUGUAGUCUCUGCUAGUCCCAAGGCUUUCUGGCUCUGUAAUACUCCCAUAGGGACUAAUUCAAGGGACUAAUUACGUGGCAUCAUGCACACCUUUUUCCUUUCAUACUCUCCAUUGUCCUCUGCUGAUUCUUAGGCCAUAAAACAGUCCUUACUUUCCUUCAAAGUAAAUAAACCUUGU